GGGAGGCGGGACGUGCAGAAGUUGUCCAUGUCGGCAGAGCGCACCAACCUCUCCGCGUUCGGGAGCGCAAAGGAAAAAGAUGCUCUAAUCUUGAGGCUUCACCGACAUCUGCAGCAGAUUAUUACGAGAAGUCAUUGUUCAGCAUCGCUAUUUAUAUCCAAAAAACUCGCGAAGCGCCGAUGUCUCCAUGAAUCUCUCCGGGAAACUAACAAACAUCCUCCUGCUGGUGAUCCUCGCAGCGCAAGGCUGUUUUUCAUCUAAGGCAGAGGACAGAUUAUUUCGAAGGUUAUUCCGAAGGUACAACCAGUUCAUCCGACCAGUAGAGAAUGUGUCGGAUCCGGUUACUGUCGAGUUUGAGGUGUCCAUAUCUCAGCUUGUCAAAGUGGAUGAGGUGAAUCAAAUAAUGGAAACCAACCUGUGGCUGAGACAUGUGUGGAAUGAUUACAAAUUGAGAUGGACCCCCUCAGAAUUUGAUGGGAUUGAGUUCAUACGAGUUCCGUCCAACAAAAUUUGGAGGCCAGACAUAGUUUUGUACAACAAUGCUGUAGGUGAUUUCCUUGUGGAAGACAAGACCAAGGCUCUGCUAAAAUUUGAUGGAACGAUCACCUGGGUCCCUCCAGCUAUUUUUAAAUCCUCCUGCCCCAUGGACAUCACCUACUUCCCUUUUGACUACCAGAAUUGCUCCAUGAAGUUUGGUUCCUGGACCUACGACAAGGCCAAGAUUGAUCUGGUGCUCAUUGGCUCAAAGGUGAACCUAAAAGAUUUCUGGGAAAGUGGAGAGUGGGAGAUUAUUGACGCUCCAGGAUACAAGCAUGACAUCAAGUAUAACUGCUGCGAAGAGAUCUACCCUGACAUCACCUACUCCUUCUACAUCCGCCGCCUGCCUCUCUUCUACACCAUCAAUCUCAUCAUCCCUUGCCUCCUCAUCUCCUUCCUAACAGUGCUGGUCUUCUACCUCCCGUCUGAUUGUGGGGAGAAAGUUACCCUGUGUAUCUCCGUCCUUCUCUCCCUCACUGUGUUCCUGCUGGUCAUCACUGAAACCAUCCCUUCAACAUCUCUUGUCAUCCCCCUGAUUGGCGAGUAUCUCCUCUUCACCAUGAUUUUUGUCACACUCAGCAUUGUCAUCACUGUCUUUGUGCUGAAUGUUCACUACCGCACACCUAUGACUCACACAAUGCCCGAGUGGGUGAGGGCUGUGUUCCUUGGCGUGCUGCCCAGAGUAAUGCUGAUGAGGCGUCCUAUUGACCAGGGCUGCUCCUCACCUGCCAGAAUUACAGGAGGGACAGGAGGAGGAAGCAGUGGUGGAAGCAAGAAAAGAAAAAACAGUAUAGGAGCAACAAGUAGCUCAGGAAGUGUAAGUGUUGGAGGCAUAACUGGGGGUGUAGCCUGUCCGCCGCUGGAAAGCGGUGCAGGAGGAGGAGGGGGUACGUCCUCAGCUGGUGGCUCAAUGAACUGUGUGGAGUAUGGUGAGAUGAACCGUGACAUGAAACGGGACAUGAACAGAAGGUUCCCCUACAGAGGCAAAGAGGUACCGACUCCUGUCCCACCGCCAAUGGUGCCACCACCACCACCUCCUCCCCAGCCACCUCAGACUCAGGGGCCCCAGGAGUCAGAGCUGCCCAAGCUGCCGAGGCCCAUCAAUGCUUCAUCGCCGGUAAACGCUGUCGUCGCCUUUUCUGUGGUGUCUCCCGAAAUCAAGCAGGCCAUUGAGAGCGUAAAGUACAUCGCAGAGAACAUGAGGACUCGUAACAAAGCCAAAGAGGUGGAAGAUGACUGGAAGUACGUUGCCAUGGUCAUUGACAGGAUUUUCCUGUGGGUGUUUGUGACAGUGUGUGUGCUGGGAACUCUGGGACUCUUCCUUCAUCCCCUCAUCAGUUUCUUUAAAUGAACCACGUCUCUAUGUCCUCACUUUUUCUCUUAUUUUUGUCUACUUCUGUCUCUUUGCUCCACUUCGAGUACUUCAAGAAUUAUUCCCUUUGCCGGUCUUUCGUGUCUUUCACAGAUGCCGUUGACCUCCUUUUCCAGCUUUCUGUUUCUCCUUUAUCUGCCUCAUGCUCUUCGCUGGGAUUGCCAUCAUCAGCCAUCACUUCUAGCACUCAGCUGUCUGUUUUCUCACACGACUUACCCAGAUUUCCUCAUCCUUCUUAUGCUUUUCAAUGUGCAAUUGAUGCUGCCUGGUCUUACUUUAACAGCCUCUUUCUCUCUUUCUCUGUUUUUAAAACCCUGCUCUUCUUUCUUUCUUUCUUUCUUUCUUUCUUUCUUUCUUUCUUUCUUUCUUUUCCAUCGCUGCUUGUCUUUUCAUGGUAAUCCUCUGUUUCUUGUUGAGGCUGCUUUUCUACCACUCUGUGUGUUUAAGUGAAAAUGUCCAUUUUGUUAUGAUUGUUGUACAGUCUUAAACAAUGUUACAAUGAUAAAAAUAAUUGUAAAAUUGUCAGGUAACUGUUUAAGGGAAUGUUGUAAGUACUGUAUAAGUUUGAAUAAUUUCAAAGGGAAAUGCAUGAAUGACUUUUCACUAGUCAUUGUAAAGAUUUUUGAGAGCUGUGCACAAUAUGACCUUUAAAGCUAAGAAACAAUAUUGCAGUCUUGUGUUUACUUGUUGUCAAAUAGAAGUUAUCUGUAUUUUUCCCAGUCAAUAUCUGUAAAGUGUCUUAUGCAUGGCUUUGGAUAAUGACACUGACUAUGGCUAUACACCUUUAAAGAUGUAGGUUUUCAGGUCCUAAUUGUGCACCAAAUUUCACAGAAUCGGUGAAACAUUUAUGUAUAGAUACACUUUGACUUGCACAAUGUAGAUUAAACUUAUAAAAGACG